GCAAAAACGAAGUAAAACGAUGGCUUACUGUGGUCGAGAACGCACCGAAUCUUACUAAACGGAAAACAACGGGACUAACGAACGUCCGUUGUCAGGUCACUAACAAAAUAAUUAAAAAGAAAAAAAAAAAAGGAAAAAGCCGAGACUUGAGGAAGAAGGACUAUGUAGAACUGAAAACUUGGAAGAAUAUCCAAAAGCGUAUACCAAUGGGGGAGAGGAAUAUUCUACGCCGAGAUUCAACCCUGUUCUAUUUCUCUCAUGGUCUCCCAUGUAUACCCAUCUCCUCCAAACUGUUUAUUACAAUAACAAAUCUAUAAAAUCCCUUUUGUAUCCCCUUCUCCUCCAUCACUCUGCAAUCCAUAAAAUAAUGGCUCUUAAAGCCGUCCAUGUCUCCGACGUGCCUAACCUCGACCAGGUCCCUGAGAGUGCUUCUCUUGCUCUCUGCACCGCCAGCUUCUCCAAAGGGGUGGAAUUAAAUAGGGUACCGUAUAAGAUACCAAAGUUUCUAGUGGUUGGACAUAGAGGGAAUGGAAUGAAUGUAUUGACUUCGAUGGACCAAAGAAUGAAAGCUAUCAAAGAGAACUCUAUAAUGUCCUUCGAUUCUGCUGCUAAAUUCCCUAUUGAUUUCAUCGAAUUCGACGUUCAGGUUACCAAUGAUGACUGUCCUGUCAUUUUCCAUGACGACUUCAUCAUCUCUGAAGAGAAUGGUGUUAUUUUUGAAAAGAGAGUGACAGAGCUAUGCUUAUCUGAAUUCCUGUGCUAUGGCCCCCAAAAUGAAGCAGGGAAGAUUGGCAAGUCUCUUCUAAGAAAAACAAAAGAUGGGAAAAUUGUCAACUGGAAUGUAGAGAAAGAUGACUCUCUUUGCACAUUGAAAGAUGCAUUUCAACAAGUGGACCCUUCUGUGGGCUUCAACAUAGAAUUAAAGAUCGAUGAUCACAUUGUCUACCAAGAAGACCAUCUCGUCCAUGUCCUUCAAGCCAUCUUGAAGGUGGUGUUUGAAAAUGUUCAUGAUAGACCCAUAAUCUUCUCAUCCUUCCAUCCUGAUGCAAUACUGCUUGUCAGGAAAAUGCAAAGUACAUAUCCUGUUUUCUUUCUGACGGAGGGAGGAACUGAAAUUUUCUAUGAUGUGAGGAGGAACUCUCUAGAGGAGGCUAUGAAGGUGUGCAUAGAAGGUGAUCUAGAUGGGGUUGUUUCUGAAGUCAAAGGGAUUUUCAGAAAUCCUGGGGCAGUGUCCAAAAUCAAGGACGCCAACCUCUCCCUUCUAACCUAUGGAAACUUGAAUAAUGUGCCUGAAGCUGUUUAUAUGCAACACUUAAUGGGCAUAAAUGGAGUGAUAGUUGAUCAGGUUAAAGAGAUAACUGAGGCUGUAUCUGAUAUGAUAAAGCCAUCUAAGGUGGAUGAGGAAGAGGAGGAGGAGGUAAAAUCAAAUCCUCAGUUCUCACAGAAGGAGCUCACAUUUCUUCUGAAGCUGAUUCCACAGUUGAUACAGGAGUGAUGCAAAAUGCUCCUUUGUUAUACACUACAGUUUCUCAAUUUAGGCUCCCUUUUGAUAGCUUGUACAUGAUGUAUAUCCUCUUGGGAGCUCAACAUGCAUACAUACGUCCCCACAACGUGAACAGGAAGAAGAGCAACCAUUUUUAGAACUUGUUUGAUUGAGAUAACUCAACUAGCAAGAAGUGUUAAAAUUCUAUUUGUUUAGUUGGUCUUUUUUUAUAUUUUCUGAAGAGUCAAA